AUGGCAAUCUUCUCCUUCAAGAGCAAACAGAAGGUCAAGCAGGAGGAGGGAAAGGAACAAACGACCCAAGCGGUYGAAAGCAAGCCCGCGCAGUUUCGCAAGUAUACUCCUAGGCACGUAGCCGCCAAUGCCUCCGGCCAUGGAGCCUGGCCAGGAAGCUCACACGACUUCGAAAACGGCGGCCACGCGUGGAAGCAGAACUCAACGUUCAACACGCCCGCCGAUGCUUCUUACGCAUCAUCUAUAAUCAGUCGAACGCACCUCGGUAGCGACGCAUUCACUACACAUGCCAACGACUACCUCGAACGAGGCGCAAUGCGGAAACUCCAAGCCAAUGAUCCUUCACUUGGCUAUGCAAAAGUAGCUCUUGCUCGUCAGGAUCAAGGCUUGACCCAAUGUUCUUCUGAUUCGGGCUAUGAGUCCGCCGGGCCUUCACGUGUUCCGAGUGAGCAUAAUCUUGACGAUAUAAAGCGGCAGUACGCACAGCGAUCCAUCACAAAUUUGCUGCCGGAGCUGAGACUGGGUGACGAUUCACUGUCGGACCGAUCGUCCAAGUCAACGACGAAGAAGACGAGAUUUCAAGUGGACGGUGAACCAGUGGCCGCAGUAGAGCAGGCUCCUGUACCGUCAUCGACCCUAAAAAUCGCAGCGCUUGAGGGAUACAAAGUCAACAAGAAGGGAAAGGUGCUUGACGAAGAAGGUGACGUUAUCGGAGAGCUGGUGGAAGGUGACUUGCUCGAUUGCGUGCGACAAAAGCUCAAUGCCAAUGGAGAGGUGCUGGACGAUGUUGGCAAAGUUGUUGGAAGUGUCAAGCUCGCCACAUCCUUGCUACCAUCUCUCACCGUCAGACCACCAACUGCUAUUCACGCGGACAACAUCACGGAUGGCGAAUCGAGUCCAACGGGACCGCCCCGGAGCCCAAUUCGGGAGACCGUUGCUGCUGGUCAGUCGCCCCAGGAUGUUUUCCGGCGAGCAGCUCGUAGUGCGAGCGAACGAAGCCUGUCCGAACUAUCAAAACCAUAUGCUCGGCCACCGAUGAGCUCCGUGCCAGAGAACAAUGUUGCAAGCGAUGAUGGUCCGCUGACGAGUCCGGAACUGUUUGCUUACAAGGGUGAAAUCCCAGCUGCCCCGACCCAGCACAUCAGAAGACGGUCUUCAUCGCCACCGCUUCUUACCAUACAGAUGACGAGCCGUAAGCCCAAUCCUCGUCGCACUUCAUACGGUGGCAUGUCUUCGAAGUCACUUGGCAAACAGCCCAUCGGCUAUUCUUCAAGAAGGGGUCCAUUGAGCAGCUACGACAACAGCCCAAAUGGCAGUGACGAUGGGACUGAGACCUCCAACUCAGACGACGGCAAGCUGCCCUCCAUCGUCUAUCGAAGACCCAUGUCUGUGCGGUCUGCAAUGACUGUCCCAGCCAAGCCUAGGACCUACUUCACACACGCCGGACGAGUCACUGUCGAUCCAAAUGCCCCUACGGCGAUUCAAACGCAAAAGAUACAGACCAAGCCAGGUAUCGAAUCUGCUGUGACGCCGACCAGCAGGCCAACUAAUAAGGAAGAGAAGAAGAAGAGUAUUUUGGGACUUCGAUUUGGCAAGAAAUGA